AGUCCGCCAUUUUCAGUCAACAUGCGACUUGAGCUCAAUUAAACUUUCAUUGUUAGUAAGCUUCGCGGGUGAAAGACUGACACUAUUGUAUAAUGUCAUUGUUGAUGUCAUACAAAACCGAAACGCCUGAUAUAGGCUUUGAUCACAAAAAUAUUUGAAAAUGGAUGGAGGCGGGGUAGCAACUAUGCAGAUGGAUGCUCCAAGAUAUGGAGGGCAGCGGAUGGGACGAGGAUAUGGAAGGGGAGGAUUCGGUCGUGGGGCAGGUCAACCAGGUGGAGGUGACUCCGGAGGAACUGUGGGGCAGGCUGUCAUGUUUGAUGGGAAACGCAUGCGGAAGGCAGUACACAGAAAAACUAUAGAUUAUAACUCUGCAGUUAUCAACUAUCUACAGGAUAGGAUAUGGCAGCGAGAUCACAGGGAUAGACGAGCCCUACAGCCAGAAUCCCUGUAUCAGAUUGAGCUGACUCCACCUUUGCAUAUGAAAGACAACCCGAUGAAUUGUGUAACCACUAAAUUCAUUCGUACUUCAACAAACAAGUUCAGAUGUCCGAUCUUCUGUUUAGCUUGGACACCAGAGGGGAGGCGUUUAGUGACCGGGGCAUCAAGUGGAGAGUUUACUCUGUGGAAUGGCCUGACAUUUAACUUUGAAACUAUCCUACAGGCCCAUGACACAUCUGUAAGAGCAAUGCAAUGGAGCCACAAUGACCAAUGGAUGGUGACGGCAGACCACUCGGGCUUUAUCAAGUACUGGCAGACCAACAUGAACAAUGUGAAGAUGUACCAGGGCCACAAGGAGCCAGUGCGCGGGAUAAGUUUUUGUCCAACGGAUAAUAAAUUUGCGACAUGCUCUGACGAUGGAACAGUCCGAAUAUGGGAUUUUAUGAAAUGUCACGAAGAAAAAAUUUUGAGAGGUCACGGAGCAGACGUUAAGUGUGUGGACUGGCACCCUCAGAAGUGUCUGAUUGCCUCGGGCAGCAAGGAUAACCAGCAACCGCUCAAACUGUGGGAUCCCAAGUCUGGCACCAGCCUCGCAACCAUUCAUGCACAUAAAGGAACAGUUAUGAAUCUGAAGUGGAAUCAGAAUGGUAACUGGCUGUUGACCGCCUCCAGGGACCAUCUUAUGAAGCUGUUUGAUAUCCGCAAUAUGAAGGAGGAGUUCCAGACCUUCAAAGGUCAUAAGAAGGAAGCUACAGCUGUUGCUUGGCAUCCAGUACACGAAGGCCUGUUUGUGAGUGGGGGAUCGGACGGGGCUGUCAUGUUCUGGAUGGUUGGAACUGACAGAGAGGUUGGAGGGAUGGAGGAAGCCCAUGAGGGCAUGGUAUGGAGCUUGGCCUGGCAUCCUCUCGGCCAUAUCCUUGUGUCUGGCUCCAAUGAUCAUACGACGAAGUUCUGGACACGAAAUCGCCCUGGAGACCGAAUGAGAGAUAAAUAUAAUCUGAACACCUUACCAGGAGGAUCUGAACACGAGAUGCCUGAAUUUGAACCAGACAAUUCUGGGAUAAGUAACAUUCCAGGGAUGGGAAUAACUGCAGCAGACAAAAUGUUAAAUGAACAGAUAAACAAAAAUCAAGAAAGUGAAGUCGGGGCAGAGGAGCUGCCAUCCAUUCCUGGCCUCGACUGGUCAGCAGAUGAACAGUACUUUAGAGAACAGCAGCUUCUUCGAGAGAUACCAAAGAAGAAAAUUCCCUAUGCUCGCCCGAUACCCUGGGAAUUCGAGCAGGCCUGGAUGGUGAAGCAUACAGGGCUCCUAGUGCCUGAUGGGGAAGGGGAAGAAGUGUCUGGGGGAGGAGGAGGAGGAAGCAGAGAAAAACGCAGGGAGCGCCGCAGGAAACAGCAGAUGGAAAGAGCAAAUGAAAACCAACAAGGCUCUGGGGAUGGUCAAUCUAACAACAAUCCUCCACCUCUCAUGCAACAAGGGGUGCAGCCUAACCAGAUGAUGGGUCAAGGGAACCAGAACAAUGCUCCAAACAUAAUGGGCCCUGGACAGGGUAAUAUGCAGGGUAGAGGGUUACUAGGCAACCAGCCAGCUGGGUGGGGUCAGCAACAAGGUGCAGGAGGCCAGGGAAAUAGACAGCCAGGACCAGGGCAACAUAAACAGGGCAUGACACAUGGAGGUGGAAGAUCUCAGGGAUUACUGGGACCCCCCAUGAUGCAAAGUCAAAAUCAAGGUGGUCAGGGAUUCCAGCAAAAUGAUCAAGAUUUCCGAGGUGGACAGUGGAAUCAAGGACAGACCGGAAACCAGGGAAACUUUGGUAACAAUGACAUGCCUAAUGACAAACAAUUCCAAGGUGACCAAGAUUUCCGCAAUGAUCAGGAUUUUAGAGGUGAUCAGGACUUCCGUCAACAGCAACAGCGGAAUGAUAAUAACAAUCAGAACUUCAAUGAUGGCCAGGGAUUUAAUCGAAGAGGAAGCAACAUGCAGCGGGGUGAUAAUCAAAGAGGUUUCCGUGGUAACCAGUGGGAGCAGCAAAGAGGUGGUAAUGACAGAAACUCUAAUUUUGGUGGUGAACAUGGUAACAAUAACUUCAGUAACCAUGGUAAUGACAAUUUCAUGGACCAAGAUGAAAGAUAUGAUAGUCGAGGAGGGGGUGGCAUGGCUCAGAACCGCAGUAGGGGAAGGGGUCAGGAUGACCGCCGACGUGGCCGUAGGAAUGAAGGGGGCCACAACUUUGGGGGUUCCCAAGAGAACUUUGGUAACAAGAGACACUGGGAGGAAGGGCCAGGUGAUUUCCGACAGCAGCAAGGAAACCAGGGUCCUUCUGAUAUGGAGACAGACCAGUCAGGUGGUUGGGGUCAAAAUAGUCAAAGAGGACGUAAUUUCUCAAGUCCCGGUCGGGGAGGUAACCGAGGCCGGGGAGGACGAGGGGGUGACAGAGGACGGGGUGGAGACAGAGGAAGGGGUGGGGACAGAGGGAGGGGAGGUGAUAGGGGAGGACAUAGAGGUGGAGCAAAUAGGGGUGGGGACUGGGGAGGGGGGAGGGGCUUUGGAGGAGGUGGAGGGGGUAGGUAA